GACAAAACCUCGCUGCCUCUCCACUCCCUCACUGACGCUCCUCCCUUCUCCUCUGCACCAUCAAUGUCCUAGACAUUCACUGCGUUGCUCCGCUUCACGCCGCUCCCCGAGCCAGUCAAUCAAGCACGCCCUAGGCCCGAUUUUAUAAGCCAGCCCCAAGGUUCGCCCUCGUCCGUCCCACCCACGCCUCACGCUCUUGCCACCUCCGACCUCUGUCCACCACUCCCCGCCGUCUUCUGCCGGAGCCCCGAAAGCUCCCUCCGUUGGUUCCAACGCCCAACCGACACGAUUCAGCUCUUCAAGCGCAAGAAGUCGCCCUCGAAAGGUGCCUCAGUGCACGCGACAUCCCUUCCCCCCACCAUGAGCUCUGGAAUGCCCCCGGUUCCUGCAAAGGACGAUGUCAAGGCAACAUGGACUUACCUCGAGGCUGGUGUGGAGAAGAUUAUGACUGACCUGCGAGGCGGCAUGGACAUGAAGACAUACAUGGGAUUGUACACGGCCAUUCAUAACUUCUGUACUGCACAGAAAGCAGUCGCUGGGACGUCGUUUUCAAGUCACAAUAACCGCGGCGGCGCGCACCUUCUCGGUGAAGACUUGUACCAGCAUCUAAUUGAAUAUCUUAAGGCCCAUCUUCAAGGCGUGCAGGCCCGAUCGAAAGAUCAUGUUGAUGAAGCUCUCCUCAUCUUCUAUAUCAAGGAAUGGAAUCGCUACACGACUGCCGGGCAGUACAACAACCACUUGUUCCGAUAUCUGAACCGCCAUUGGGUGAAGCGGGAGAUGGAUGAAGGCAAGAAGAACAUCUAUGAUAUCUAUACUCUCCACUUGGUGCGAUGGAAAGAGGACAUGUUCACGGGGACUCAGGAGAGCGUUAUGCGGUCCGUCCUCAAGCUCGUCGAGAAGCAGCGCAACGGCGAGACGAUUGAGCAGUCGCACAUCAAGAGCGUUGUGGAUUCGUUCGUGUCUCUCGGCCUCGACGAAUCGGACAGCUCAAAGUCUACCCUAGACGUCUACAAAGAGUUUUUCGAGAAGCCAUUCCUAGCAGCCACCGGAGAAUACUACAACAACGAGUCGAAGCAGUUCCUCGCGGAGAACAGCGUUGUUGAGUACAUGAAGAAGGCUGAGGCUCGGUUGGAUGAAGAGAAGGAGCGCGUCCCACUCUACCUUCUUAACGAGAUCAUGUCGCCAUUAAUGCGGUGCUGCGAAGAGGCUCUUAUCACCGCCCAUUCACAAGCGCUCCGUGAGGAAUUCCAGAUACUGCUUGACCACGACAAGCAGGAGGAUCUUGGCCGAAUGUACAAGCUCCUCGCUCGCAUUCCCGAGGGCCUGGAUCCUCUACGAAACCGAUUUGAGACGCAUGUCCGCAAGGCUGGUCUGGCGGCUGUCGAGAAGGUUGCCCAAGAGGGUGACACCAUUGAGCCGAAGGUUUAUGUCGAGGCGCUUCUGGAAGUUCAUACGCAAUACCAGGAUCUAGUCAACCGCGCUUUCAAUGGCGAGUCGGAGUUCGUCCGAUCACUUGACAACGCCUGCCGUGAAUUUGUCAACCGAAACAAGAUCUGCAAGUCAGGCUCCAACAAGUCCCCAGAGCUUCUUGCCAAGUACACAGAUACUCUCCUCAAGAAGUCGACGGCCAAGAUGACCGAGGAGGACGAUAUGGAGAAGCUCCUUACCCAGAUUAUGACAGUGUUCAAGUACAUCGAGGACAAGGAUGUCUUCCAGAAGUUCUAUUCACGCAUGCUGGCCAAGCGUCUUGUACAGACCACCUCGGCCUCAGAUGACGCUGAAACCAGCAUGAUCUCUAAGCUCAAGGAAGCUUGCGGUUUCGAAUACACGAAUAAGCUCCAGCGAAUGUUCCAGGAUAUGCAGAUUUCCAAGGAUCUGAACACAUCUUACAAAGAAUGGUGUCAGACGAAUAUCGGCGAUGAUGAUCUCAAGGGCAUGAUUGAUUCGACUUACCACAUUCUUGGAACAGGUUUCUGGCCGCUGAACGCUCCCACGACACCAUUUACUCCACCCCAGGUUAUAGUAAAAACCUACGAGCGGUUCGCAAUGUUCUAUAACAACAAGCAUCAGGGCCGCAAGUUAUCGUGGCUGUGGCAACUCUGCAAGGGAGAGAUGAAGGCCAACUACUGCAAAGUUUCAGGGUCCAAGGUAUCGCCAACCUUCCAAGUCUCGACCUACCAGAUGGCAGUUCUGUUGCUGUUCAAUGACAGCGACACGGUCGAGUAUGACGAAAUGGUGGAGGGCACCAAGCUUGGGAAGGAGACUUUAGAUCCUAGCAUUGGUGUGUUUAUCAAAGCCAAAGUCCUUCUCGCUCAGCCAGAAGGCGCGAAGCCCGAGUCCGGAACCUCAUACAAGCUCAAUCUCGGCUUUAAGACCAAGAAGAUCAAGGUGAAUCUCAACAUUGGCAUCAAGAGCGAGCAAAAGCAGGAAGUCGAAGAUACGCACAAGACUAUUGAGGAGGACCGAAAGCUGCUCAUGCAGUCUGCCAUAGUACGUAUCAUGAAGUCCCGCAAGAAGAUGAAGCACCAGCAACUCGUCUCGGAAACCAUCCAACAGAUCAAGAAUCGCUUCAUGCCUAGAGUCCCAGAUAUCAAGAAGUGCAUCGACAUCCUCCUUGAGAAGGAAUAUCUAGAGCGCCUAGAGGGUGACGAGCUCGGCUACCUGGCAUAAACGCUCUCCGAGUAAAGUCCUGCAUGCGUGAGGAGUGGAGUCUGCUUUGGUUUGGUUUGGUUUGCUUAAUGAGUAAUGGUUUUAUGCUAUCGGUGGGGUUAAAUCUUCUCUUCGCGGACGGGAAAUGGCGUUUACGGACGGGAAGUGGCCAGCCACAGCAUCGGAACGGCAGCUAGAUAGCGGAGGCUUGACUUAUGCCUAGGCUUAAGUUUCAUCGACCUGUUUCUUGAGUGAGAGGGCUACUUUGGCUUUUCUAGAAUGGAGGGAUGGAUGGGAACGGAAUGGAAUGAAUGGCAUUGCAUGGCUGCUCCUUGGUGGUUAAACUUCUUCAGAGUGUACAUUGAGAAUGCCAGUUAUUGCUUGAAG